ACCCCGCAGAUAUUGCGCGAGCAGAAGACCUGAAUGGGUAUAUUUGGCGACAUGAUCCCCAGUAUUCAGGCCCAAGUUGCUGGUACUUGUAUGCAAGCUGAAUAGUAUCAACCAACCAACCAAAAUGGCCCCUUCAUUGACUGAAACUCUUCCUGUCCGCGCACCACCGGUGGCGACUCUCAAGACCGAUGCCGGAUUCAACAAGGAAAACUUGAUCGGAUAUGGCGAAGCAUACUCCCAUAACGAUGAGAUCAAAGGCACGGCGAAGCAGCCACCUGCGUCUUUUCCCAACUACCUCCCCGUCUGGGAUAAUGAGACAGAGAGAUACCCCCCGUUGACCCUAUUCGAUCAUUAUGACCAUGGAAAGGAUGCCGACCCAUCCUUCCCAGAUCUGCUCCCCAAGGGCAAGGCAGAGACUGACGACCUGACUCCCACUAUUGGUACUGAGGUCAACGGUGUCCAGUUGAGCCAGUUGACCAAAGAGGGUAAAGACCAGUUGGCUCUAUAUGUCGCCCAGAGAAAGGUUGUCGCCUUCCGCAACCAGGACUUCGCCCAUCUCCCUAUCGACAAGGCCCUUGAAUUCGGUGGCUACUUUGGUCGACACCACAUUCACCAGACCUCGGGAGCCCCCAAGGGAUACCCUGAGAUCCACCUCGUCCACCGGGGAGCAGAGGACAGAACUGGCUCCCAAUUUCUGGCCACCCGUACCAACUCAGUCACCUGGCACUCCGAUGUCACCUUUGAGAAACAGCCCCCGGGUACCACAUUCUUAUAUGUCCUUGAUGGACCAACAAGUGGAGGCGACACUUUGUUCUGCGACAUGGCUCAGGCAUACCGACGCCUGUCACCCGAGUUCCGUAAGCGACUGCAUGGAUUGAAGGCUGUUCACUCUGGCCUGGAGCAGAUCAACAACAGCUUGAACAACGGAGGCAUUGCCCGUCGUGAUCCCAUCACGUCGGAGCAUCCGAUUGUCAGAACUCACCCGGUCACUGGCGAGAAAGCUAUUUACGUCAACCCACAAUUCACCCGCUACAUUGUCGGUUACAAGAAGGAAGAAUCAGACUUCCUGCUCAAGUUCCUGUAUGAUCACAUUGCCUUCUCGCAGGAUGUGCAGACCCGUGUGAGAUGGAGGCCAGGAACUGUCGUGGUCUGGGACAACCGAGUGGUUUCUCAUUCAGCCAUUUUCGACUGGGAGGAUGGACAGAGGCGUCAUAUCGCCAGAAUUACGCCACAGGCAGAGCGUCCAUAUGAGACACCAUUUGAAGGGGAGGCAUAAAGCAGUCAACUAGGGACUCCAAGUAAAUACGGCCACGACAUGCCAAUGAUGACAUAAAUCACGGGUAUAAUGAAUUUUAAGUAGGCGAAUGACGAAAUUAAAUGGCCAUUAGAAGCUAUUGCUGUUCUAGGUUGUAAAGAAAAAGAAACCUGCCAGCGGUUU